CAACUAAUCCACCUUCACCAACCCACUCCCGUCAUCGCCACCUCAUCCACAGCCAUGGCGACCUCCUCCGCCGCCGCCGCGCUCCGGCUUCCCGCCUCCCAGCUCCCCCUCUCCGCGCGCCCCUCCUCCUCCUCCACCCUCCGCUUCCCUCCCCGCCGCCCCGCGCGCCGGGGAGGCCUCGCGGUCUCCGCCUUCACGAAGCUCUCCGAGGCGUCCCCCGUCGCCAUCCCACCGGAGCCCGCGCAGCCGUUGCCGGACGAGGAAGCCCUGCCCCCCAAGCCCGGGGUCUACGGGGUGUACGACCCCGCCGGCGAGCUGCAGUUCGUCGGGAUAUCGCGCAACGUCAGGGCCAGCGUCGAGGGCCACCGCCGGAAGGUGCCCGCCGACCUUUGCGGCUCCGUCAAGGUUUCAAUAGCAGAUGAGGAGACACCAGAUCGAACUGUCCUGACUAAUGCCUGGAAGUCAUGGUUGGAAGAACAUAUAACAGCCACCGGAAAGGCACCGCCGGGGAAUGUUGCUGGAAACCACACCUGGGUUGGACCUCCACAGAGGCCUCCGGACUUGCGAUUGACACCUGGCCGCCAUGUUCAGCUAACCGUGCCACUGGAACAAUUGAUUGAUCGGUUAGUGAAGGACAACAAAGUGGUCGCGUUCAUCAAAGGAUCAAGGAGCGCACCCCAGUGCGGUUUCUCGCAAAGGGUUGUGGGAAUCUUGGAAUCACAUGGAGUAGAUUUUGUAACCGUUGAUGUUCUUGACGAGGAGCACAACCAUGGGUUGCGAGAAACCCUGAAGACAUACAGCAACUGGCCGACUUUCCCACAGGUUUUUGUUGGAGGGGAGCUUGUGGGUGGAUGUGACAUUGUUUCAUCCAUGGCCGAGAAGGGGGAGCUUGCUGCCCUUUUUAAGAAAUAGGACUCACUCUGGAGUGCUUAAGUAAUGCCUUGAACUACUGUUACCUGAUGCGAAUCGCUAGCUUGGCAGCUACCAUCAUUUUACAUGCUGCAGUAAUGCUUCAUUUACUGCAAGGCACAUUGGUUUGGAUCAGUUAUACAUAUACACGUUUCUUUGAUUCAGAUGAGGAAAUGCUGUAAAUUGUAAUAUGGUGGUUGCUUUUUGAGAGAGGAUUUGCAAGGGCAGAGGGCUGUCAGUAUUUUGUGGUCGUUUCAGAUUUUGUACGUGAAAAUUUGUAUCGUUAUGAGAAGUGAAAAAUUGUAUCGUUAUGAGAAAUAAGUAUAUGCUGCAUAACUGAUGGCUAUUCAGUGCUGACUGUGUAGAUAAUUACUUGAGUGCCUCAAGUUAGAUAUGAACCUAUUAUUACGA